CCGAUUUACAGCUGGACGCCGGAAGAGGGCGGGCCUAAGAUGGCGGCGCCCUCAGGUGCCCGGAAGAGCCGCUCAUGUCGGCGAACGGAGCGGUGUGGGGGCGCGUGCGGAGCCGCCUCCGCGCCUUCCCCGAGCGCUUGGCGGCCUGCGGGGCCGAGGCCGCAGCGUACGGCAGGUGCGUGCAGGCCUCCACGGCCCCCGGCGGCCGCCUGAGCAAGGACGUCUGCGCGCGGGAGUUCGAGGCCCUGCGGAGCUGCUUCGCGGCCGCGGCCAAGAGAACCUUGAAGGGAAGUUCCUAGGAAGGACCCUACACUCUGACCUCCGUCCACCACCACUGGAUGGCACACAGCGAACACUCUUGGGCUAGAAGGGGUGGGAGCAACGAAGUUCUUGGGUGUUGGAGCAUGUUUCUUCUCAACAGGUUGAACCUUGGGUGGGCAGGAACUUAUUAUAUGUAAGGAUCUGGGUUAGGUUAAGAUGUAAUCAAGCCAGCAACAAAGACUAUUGAAUCCUGCAGCUUCAGCUUUAUUGUACAGAGUGAGUGGCCUGUGGGCCUGGCCUCCCCCAAGAAGCUGGCAGGUCUGGGCCAUGGAACACUGCCACCAGGUCCCCACUUAAGAACCUUCUCCCCAGAUGCAUUUAACCUGAGUAGUGAAGGAAGCCCCUGAACCUGAUAGCCAGU